GUAUGGCGACUCGGCUGUAGGAAAACUUGCUCUAAACUCAGUCAGGACACACACUGUAUCACUCUGCUCUAAACUCAGUCAGGACACACACUGAAUCACUCUGCUCCAGACUCAGUCAGGACACACACUGAAUCACUCUGCUCGAAACUCAGUCAGUACACACACACUGUAUCACUGUGCUCCAGACUCAGUCAGGACACACACACUGUAUCACUGUGCUCCAGACUCAGUCAGGACACACACACUGUAUCACUCUGCUCCAGACUCAGUCAGGACACACACACUGUAUCACUCUGCUCUAAACUCAGUCAGGACACACACUGAAUCACUCUGCUCCAGACUGAGUCAGGACACACACUGAAUCACUCUGCUCGAAACUCAGUCAGGACACACACACUAUCACUCUGCUCUAGACUCAGUCAGGACACACACUCUAUCAGUGUGCUCCACAGAUGACCGGAGAAGUCUCAGUUGCGCAGCCAAAAUAUCUAUACAGCUCGGGUGACUUCUUUUUCCAUGCAUACAACAGAUGAAUUCCAUCCUUUCAUUGAAGCACUGCUGCCCCACGUGCGUGCGUUCGCCUACACUUGGUUUAACCUGCAGGCCCGCAAGCGAAAGUACUUCAAGAAGCACGAGAAGCGCAUGUCCAAGGAAGAGGAGCGCGCCGUGAAGGACGAGCUGCUCAGCGAGAAGCCUGAGGUCAAGCAGAAGUGGGCGUCGCGGCUGCUGGCCAAACUGCGCAAGGACAUCCGUCCCGAGUUCCGCGAGGAUUUUGUGCUCACCGUGACGGGGAAGAAGCCUCCGUGCUGCGUGCUCUCCAACCCCGACCAAAAAGGCAAGAUGAGGAGGAUCGACUGCCUGCGCCAGGCAGACAAAGUGUGGCGCUUGGACCUGGUCAUGGUGAUUUUAUUCAAAGGUAUUCCCCUCGAAAGUACUGAUGGCGAGAGGUUGGUUAAAUCACCGCAGUGCUCAAACCCAGGGUUGUGCGUGCAGCCGCAUCACAUAGGAGUUUCAGUUAAGGAGCUGGACCUGUACUUGGCCUACUUUGUACAUGCAGAAACUGCGCAGUCUGAAAGUCCAAACCAGCCCAGUGAAGGGGACGUUAAGGACCAGCCAGAAAAUGGACAUCUGGGCUUCCAGGACAGUUUCGUCACAUCAGGUGUCUUCACCGUCUCCGAACUUGUCCGAGUCUCGCAGACCCCAAUUGCGGCAGGGACAGGACCCAACUUCUCACUGGCAGAUUUGGACAGCUCCUCUUACUACAGUAUGAGCCCAGGUGCUAUGAGGCGGCCCCUACCCAGCACCUCUUCUAGCAGUUCUGCAAAGCGGAUUAAGUGCAUGGAGGAGGAGGUGGACAGUCCAGGCGAGGAGUCCUACUACCCUGGUCAGGGGCGAUCCCCAGGCAGCGGAAGCCAAGCCAGCAGCUGGCAUGAAGUAGAGCCAGGAAUGCCAUCGCCCACCACAUUAAAGAAGUCAGAGAAGUCUGGUUUCAGCAGCCCCGUGCCUUCGCAGACCUCCUCCCCCCGAACGGCAUUCACACACCAUCAUCGAGCAGUCAUUACAGGACCCAGAGCGAGUCCUCAUGCCACGCCGUCAAGUCUUCAUUUCCCGACGUCUCCAAUCAUCCAGCAGCCCGGCUCCUACUUCUCUCACCACGCCAUCCGCUACCACCCGCAGGAGACGCUCAAGGAGUUUGUCCAACUUGUCUGUCCUGACAGUGGUCAGCAAGCUGGACAGGUGGGCUUCCUGAACCCCAAUGGCAGCAGUCAAGGGAAAGUUCACAACCCGUUCUUGCCCACGCCCAUGUUGCCCCCACCGCCACCCCCGCCCAUGGCGCGACCUGUGCCACUGCCCGUGCCAGACUCCAAACCUCCCUCCACCACGGCCGAGGGAGGGGGCACCUCGCCCACCUCGCCAACCUACUCCACACCGAGCACGUCCCCUGCCCAGCGCUUUGUCAGUGUGGGCCCCAGAGACCCCAGCUUUGUAAAUAUCCCUCAGCAGCCUCAGUGGUACCUGGGCUAAGGACUCCAGAUUCAGACCGGCCUCUCCCGAGCUCACAUGCCCCUCCCUGCCUUCCCUGAGUGUGACCUUCAAAUGUGCCCACCGGUGUGACGCGCCAGGAUCUGCCCGCCGCCCUCAAUGCCCACAGACCCCCAGCAUGGCUACAGCAGAACCCAGAACAAAUCCAAACAACUCAACUCAACACGCUUACAACAAACAUACUCAGUAUCUGUAUAUCCCAUAUAUAUUCCUCCAGAUGUAUGGUUUCUAUUCCUAUAUUCAUAUAUACUAACUGUCCAGCUCUUCUCUCUCCAGGAGAUUGGGCUUGAAAAUGGAGAGAUCUGAUUUACUUGGAAACGUGCAUGAUUUUUUUUUUUUUUUUUUUUAAUUUUGUUCAACCAGAUAAGGAAAACAUAAUGUGACACAAUCGAAGAGCUUCCUUCAGUCCAUGACUGUACCCAGUCUCAUCGAGAGCUGAAUCUCUAUCAGUAAUUCCUGAAUUUGUUGCAGUUUCACGUAUUGGCUACGUGAUUUGAUCAUCCCGGACUGGCGCUCCCCGUGCUCCUCUCCCUCGUGUUUGGCAGGAUCUGGCGGAUCUGGCAUUUUUUUUGGGUAGAACUCUACUUCUGCUUGUGGACUUCUUACAGAGGUUUUACUUGGAUCAGAUAUUCCACCAGCUAAAACCUCUCUCUUGACUCAAUAGUCUGCUCUGGCCAGAACUGUUCAUCCAUAUCUUCACCGCCGAGACCUUCAACGCCAUGCCCAUGGCCCAGCAGACUUCAUGUGCCGGGAAAUGGCAACUAUGAGAAGAAAUUCCCCUGGUUUGUGUCUCGGGGCAGGAAGUGAGAAGAUGGUGGUGUUUGAUAUGAGCUCAGAAGGCUGUAAAGUGAAGAAUUAAUACGGGAGAUUUUUUUUUUUUUUUUUUUUUUUUUUUGAAAAAGAAAUUGUCUCCCAUCUUGGAGAUGCGUUCAUAUUUUUGUUUUUUUGUGUGUUUUUGAGUCAUUUCAGUUGUUUCUAAUACACCCCAUGUAAAGGUCUGCUAUUAGAGAGAACGGGCGGAUAGAAAGGCUGAGCUUCCAUUCAUUAACAAGACAUAAGACAACCAUAAUUGGAAGUAAAUGGAAUUUUGAAUUGAGGAAAGUGCAAUUUUGUUGGAAAGCUGUCAGAUUGUUGAAUAUCUUUUGUAAGAUAGAUCAUUGCAGUGAAUGUUGAAAAGUAUAUCUCUAUAUAUAUUUUUCUUCCUAGUCCAUUCACACCUCUGGGACUCUAAAAUAUCGGGGUACAAAAAUAGAACAAAUAGCCUAGUGUGAAAUAGAGAGAGCUGUAUGUGCUUUUUUUAUUAUUUUUUUUAUUAUUAUUAUUAUUAUUAUUAUGUUUGUUCAUCUUUGUAAAUUUGUUGGUAUUGUAGAACAAAUAUCCCUUUAAGAAAAUUUAAACAAUCAAUUUUAAACAUUUCGACAACUUCAUCCACACAUUGACAUUAGACUGCUGUGCAAGUUUGUUUCCAAAAUCAGCUAAUUAACUUAUUUUAAUGAAGCACAUAAUGUAGGAGCAGUUAGCUGUUCGUCAUUUGUCAUCAGGCCAACUCCAUUGCGUGUAACAUAAGAAAGAUCCGAUCAUAUCAGCAGCUUCAGACAUGGUUGGUUAUGAAGAGCUCUCAGAAUAGGAACACUAAUCUGUGGUCAGUUUAUAUAUUUUUUGAUGUUCUAUAUGGACGAAUCCCAGCACUCUUACUCUUAAACCCUUUCUACGUUCAGUAUGGUCCUUUGUCUUCUUUAGCUGAAAGCUCUUGUGCCUGUUCUGUGACCACAGACUGGUAGUCGAUGCCGGGGUGACACAACAUCAACAACAAAAAAAACAACAACUUCUGUAACCUUUUAUGAAAGUGUUAUACGAAAUAACAAAGAAAAAAAAAAAACAAAUGAUUGAAGAAGAUCAGACCAAAACAUGAAUGCAACCGCAGAGCGAAGCCUUUCUUAAUUCAUUUGCUUCGCAUGCGAUUUAACCGUUAUUCUUCAUUCGACUUUUGACUUUUGUUUCCUACAGUACGUAUAUAAUAAAUACACUUACACCUGACUCAUCCACUAUUGAUCAAAUCUCAGAAAAGUAAGAAAAAAGAAAAACACACAAAAAAAAAAAAAAAAAAUCUGCAUGUUCUAGUGUUAGUGACAAAUUUUUACAUAGAUUAUGUAGAGAUAAAGUAGUGUGAAUAAAGACACAAUAUUGUAAUCCCAACUCCAGGCACUUGCCAAAUCGAGUAUUUUGUUUGGCCCCUUAAACGUAGGGUAUUUUUACUGCUGUCCUCACAAUCAACCAGCUAACACGUCUUUGUGGUCCUCCUUAGCGUCUCCUUCACCUUUCUCUAUAUUGUCCCUCCCUCCUUUGACGCUUUUUUAAAAAAAAAACAAUCAUUCUUUUUUUUUUUUUUUUUUUUACUUGCAAGAGCAAUUCACUUUCUCCUUUCAAAUUGCUCAGUUGUUCCUCAUCGAUGUGCCUUGGUCUAGUCUUGAGUUGAUUCACAAGUCGCAGUGCAUUUUACUUCCCAGAUCUUUUCCAUCUUGCUGCUACUAUGCAGGGAAUCAGAGAGUGAAGAAGAUAAUAGGAAUAUGUGCUAAUAAUACAUUAAGAGGAGCACUGUGUGAGCCCAGGCCUAGUGAUACAACAUCUAUACAAGACUCAGUCUUGUACUACAGUGUUAAUCAUGCGCAGGCACUUAUUAGUUGUAUAGUCAAUAGGAAAUGAAUCAUUGAUUAGUGUAACUGUUAGCAUUCUGACACCCAGGCCCUUUUUAGCUAGUGUAUUGAUAUUUAUGGAGGUUGCUGCAAUUAUUUCUAAAUGGAAACAACCUUUUUUUUUUUUUUUAGGCUUCCUGUUUUUGUUCCCAGAACAGUAAAAUAAGGGGGGAAAUGAAUGAAUGAAUUAAUUAAUGAAUUAAUAUGCAAUACCUGCUUGCACUCAUUUAGAUGUCCUUUUCAUCCAUUCUUUUUUUUUUUUUAACCAAAGUUAGUGUUGCACUUGACUGGCUGGUUGGCAGAUUUGCUUUUUCAUUCAAACUCCACACCGGUCAUGUUUGGGAAUUCUACUUUCUUUGCGCUUGACCUAAAUGACUAUUCAUGUAUUAGGUUUCCUCUUUCUUUUUCCUUUUGGUCACAAGCAAGCCUUAAAACAAGGAAAAAUUUCUCUCCAAUACGACAAUGUUUAACAUACGUGCAUUUAAGCAUUUAAGAAAUUGCGAAAACGCCCAUUUUAUGUACAUGUUGAUCUUCCAUAAUAACCAGUUUUCUUGUCUAUUCCAUAUAUAUCAUUUAAGAAAAAAAAAUAUCAAGAAAAUUUUCCAAGUGUUUGAUAUGGCGUUUUAGUGGUUACACUUGUGUGUGGAUUGUGUGUGCUUUCUUUUUUUCUAUUAUUUUUUAUUAGUGUGUCAGGUUGUUUUUUUGUUAUUGUUAUCGUUGUUGUUGUUUUUUUUUUUUUCAUUGUCCUUGCCUACCCUUUAGUAAUGAGUUGGGCAUUAUUUCCUUAUCUGCACUAAAUAUGAAAGAAUGACAGUUAUGAGGAUUUUUUAAAAAAUAAAUAAAUAAAUAAAACAGCUUCCAGGGCUUAAACGAGCAAAGGGAAAAAAAAAACUGAUUUGAUUGCACGGACAUUUAAAAAAUUUUAUUAUUAUUUUUUUUUUUGUCACAGAACCUUAGUUUAGUUUAGAGCAGCCUAGCAUCUAAUCAGCAGGAUAUCUGGCUGUGUGUGUAAAAUAAUGAAAAAAUUGCAACCUUUUUAAAGAAAGAAAAAAAAAGAGAAAAAGAAUAUAAAAGCAAUAGCUUGGGCAGUCUCUUUUGUUGUUGUGUUGUGUGUGUAAUUUUUUAGUUAGUUAGUUUUGUUUUGAGGGGGGUUACAAACAGAGUUUUUGGGAGAAGAAGAACAAAUCUAAUUGAAAUCGAGAAGAGAGCUAGGACUAGGACGCCGCUGAGUAUGGGAGAUCUGUUGUUUGUAUAUUGUAUAGUUUUAUUAAUUACACUGAUUUUAAAGCUGCCCUAUUUUAUAAUGCAGGACUUUUGUAACAUUGAUUAAAUGAGGAAAAACUAGUGUUGUGAAUUUUUGCAUCGUUUGUAAUAAGGCCACAUUAAUAGAACUGUUUUUUUUGUUUGUUUUUUUUUUCGUUUGUUUGUUUGUUUGUUCGUUCGUUCGUUCUCUGGGGAACUGGAUUUAAGUUGAAAACUUUCCUGUUUCCUGAUUUAUCUUUUUUUUUCUUUCGCUUUCCUUUUUGUAUGUAUUUAAAGACAAUUUUGUUUGGUUGGGUUUUUUUCUUCUUCUUCUUUCUUUUGGUGGUAUAGAAUAUUUCCUAUACUUGAAAAGUAUAAGGUAUUGAGGUGAAAGCCCCAUUGUAAAUGGAUGUUACAAGUAUGCUUGCUGUAUGUUUUGAAGGUUCUUUGUUGCAUCAGUGUUGAUGAAGCUAAAUUUAGUUAAUUCUGAGGAUGUUGGUAAGAAACGAGAGCGUUUUUAUGCAUUUUAAAAUUAGUUUUAGGCAGAAGACAAUGACAUAGACAGCCAAAGGAUGCCCCUAUUAUAAAUGCAUCUAGGCAUCUUUUUGUGUUCACCAUUCCAUGCAGGAAAAUAAACAGCUUGAUAUGCAACAUGAUUCUUUUUCUCUUCAACAUCUCUCCAUCUCUCUCUCUCUCUCUCUCUCUCUCUCUCACUCUCCCACCUCUGCUAACCGAGCAUGGAGUCACAGCACGCUGAGAAGCAUUCUCUCCAUGUCACCACACACUGCUGCGGGUCUUCUUAUUGGCUCUGCUGCACCUACCCACUCAACCACAUACACACACACACUCACACACACACACAGAGUUUGGAAUGAAACUAUUGGGAAUGAGACAUUUUAUGGUAAUAUAUCUAGUACCAGUUCUCAAGCAAAAUUGACCUUUUACUCGCAGCCCUACUCACAAACUUUUCAGUUUAACUGAGUAUACACUGUGUAUGCAGAACGUCUAAAUGAGCAGGUUUUUGUUAAGCUUCAUUUUUUUGUCCACUGAAAGAGCAAUCUUUCAUAAUGAAGUGUGAAGCCUGAGCAACAGCUACGACUUCAAGCUACUAGUUCGAACACAUUACACUGUGCAUUUAUGCGCAUCGCCAAAUGACUGCAUGCGUUUUCAAAUCACGGGCGCUAAAUUAUCCCCUAUAAUCUAAACAGCCUCGAAUUAUGAAUCAUCACUGUCCAGAAUGGUGUCCAUAUGUUUGCUGGGUUUUUAAUAUCCCACCAUCACCACCGCACCACACCACACCACAACUGCAUACCCACAUACAUCAUUUCCAUCAAUGCCACAUUUCAAAUCAGUUCCUCAUUCCACAGACUGUAUCAGAUAUAAAACACAUGUAUUCUUCAUAAGGCUGUGCUUUUGGGGUCAAAACAGUAUUCCACUGUAAAUAUUGCCACUUUCCAAUCACAGCCGCAGUCAGCUGUUAUGUGCCAGUUAUUGCAGAUGAAUUUGCGAAGGGGAGGACAAUGUAAGCGUAGCUUUGCGUCAAAUGCACACUGAGAGAAAUCUUCUCAGCAUUGUCCAUACCAAAACUGUUACCUCCCACUUCAACUGUUCACUUUUACCCAUGAAACCCAUUUACUCAUGAAUGGGUUAAAUGUCCUCACAUAAUGAGCCUCAUCAUCAUCUGUAAUAUGGAGAUCGAUGAAAUGUUUCAAUGUGAUUAUUUGAAUUAUUUAUGAAAAUAAUGCUGUGGGUGGUUUCGAGUAAAAAUGGUUUUGAGUCUUCGAGGUGAACAUUGCAUUGGAUUAAUAUCAGGGUAACAUUCAGUCACAGUUCACAUUCAACUCUACCAUCAAACUAGAAAACAUGCCUGAUAUAGCCUGCAAUCCCAACCUCAUUUUGUUUCCUGGAGGAUGUUUUCAGGCAUGGGAAAGUGCAUGUGUGUGUGCAAACCUUUUCUACUGCUGGACAAUCAGCACUGAUUAACAAACUCUCACAUCAUGUCCACUCACUCAUUUCCAUUUAUGAUGUGAUCUGGUUAAAAUCUUUUUUUGUUGUUGUUGUUUUUGGUUAAAAUCACAAUAUCGAAGGCCCUUCUAACAUUUUUAUACAGACCUACAGUACAAGGAAUCAAAACAGACGCAGCCCUGUAAAUCGGGCAUCACGCUGAGCUGAGGCAGGUAGUUUAUCCGCAUUCUCGACUAAUCCAGGCGCUUUGUCCUUCUCCUUACUAAACUUGGUGCUACCUCGAUUGAUAAGACAGAAGAUAACUCGAAAACAUGACCAUCGCGAGCGACCCUGCUGAACCACCUAGCAGUCUUAUCUGCAUGAGAACUAUGCACUCGUGAAAUGAACGCUAUUCCAAACAAAGUUUGGUAUCGACCUUCAUUUAACCUUUACCUUUUUGUCAUGUGUUUUGUUUUGUUUUUUUUUAGUUCAACUUCUGUUGAAUUGUAAAGAAAAAAUAAAAUAAACGCAAACCAGCAUUUUAACUGAUACAUUUAAAAUUGUAGUGCCUGUGAAAAUCUGUAUUAUAUUGCUCUUAUUGAUAACAAAUACACUUUAUAACUGUUUGGAUUUGUUUUGGGGUUUUUUUGUGUCUCUUAACACCGAUAGCCUUUGCUGUGUUUCAGAGCCCUUUGACUAUAACUGAUAUUCAAUAUCCAUGGACUAUAACCUGCAUGAUCCUCUGUACUCACCUAGUGAAGCUCUUAAUGAAUAUGACUAGAAGAAAAAAAAUGUUUGUUUGUUUUUAAAAUCAUUUUGUUCAGGAAGCUGUCUCUCCCACUGAACAGAUUUAUGUUGUUUGUUUGUUUGUUUGUUUGUUUUUAACGUUAAAAUAUGCUCUAGUGUAGUAUCGAUUACAUUUACGCACUCUGUGUUCACUCUCUGUUUAGUUGUGUUUGAUUUCACUUUUUAUCAUUCCCCCUUUCAUAUAGUACCACCAUGGAAACCAUAUACACCAUACCAGCAUCAGCAGGGCAUAGGGAAGAUCCAGAGAGGUCUUCAUUUGAUGAAGCAUCAUGUCCUGAAGCUGUGGAGAGAACAAAAUCACAUAAGUGAUUCCCCCAUGUCGUUGACGCGCUAGCCUCAGUGGUCUGAGGAUCAAUGCUGCUGUCUUAUACGAGGUGUUCAGCACUAUUAGAGGAAGAACGAACCUCACUGAAGAGUGUGUGAUUUGUGCAGUGCUAAGAGAAGUGAGCUCUGGUGACUCUCAGGACUAUUUAUUGAUGUGAAAGCAGAUGGAGCAGUUCAAGGCUAAAGUUAAGAGUCUAGCCUACCAGGGCAGGAUGCAGAAAAGUCCAGAAAACCUUUUUUGAAUGGCAGGAACACUUUUCUGCCUCGCCUAGAUGGGUAUGGUUACUUUGUCGUCCGAUUUGUAUCAGUAACUAGAAGUAAUAAUAGCAGGAUUUGGGGACAAAAUGUCUGGCAGAACUUUUUCACCAACAAAGCUCUGGUGUCUCAAUGUGCCAGAACGCUGCAGGUGUGGAACCGGGAGUUGGCGAAAGUCCGAAAGUCAUUUUCACAACCGUAACUGAGAUAAGACACAGAUUAUGCAGAGCGCUGUUAAAUAUCGAAAUAAGAAUGAGCAAUCUGAGAACGGAAUGAACAUUUAACUGCCAAGUGAACUGAGUUUGAGCUACAGAACGUCAUUUAAGCCAGAAGUGGAACGGUUGUAUCUCUCAGCUCUUUCGUUACCUGUUGUCUAUGAUGGUUUCUCUGAUGCGUAUAGACACUAAAGCAUUUGACUCAAACCCAGAGGAAUUUCCAUUUUUACUCUACUCAUGAGCUAGUACGUUUCCUGGUCUGAUUAUAUAAUGGUUCAGCUCUUAAACUGGUGGAAGCACAGACCAGAUAUUAAACAAGAUCUCUGGAUUCCAGGACCAGCACUGUGUUAGUGCUUGGAAUGCUGUAGUGCCAGUGUGUGUAAAUAGUGAUACGUGACGUUUGGGACUGAAUUGUGAAGUCAGGAAAUGGGCUUUUGGAGUGUGUGAUUGAGCAUUAGCGUGUAAGUUUGGAUCUUAUGAAGACAAUCGUGCUCGUCUCUGAUCGAGGCGGAGUAGCGGAAUGACGAGUGAUGCUACACCGCUGUCCUCCGACCAUCUCCACACAUCCUUUCUUUUUAUCUCCACUCUCCCUAGACUUGUCAUUUGUCUUUUUCUGAGUAAUCGAAAUUCAGUUAACGAUUACAAAAAUCAAACGAAACCUUGUGCCUCUAUUACACUUGCUGAAGAGAAGCUGUCAUUUCAAGCACCCGGUGUUUGUUAUGUCAUGUUAUGGGUUCCAUCACUGAUUUGACUCCAUUGUGGUUCUGUGUUAAACCUCUGUGACUGACUGCUCUCUCUUUUCUUUUGUCCUGGAGUCAUGUGUAUCGCUUAAUGUAGAAUCAGUUUUCCGUCUGUGGUAUCUUGAUGUUGCCUGUCGAAUCUGUACAGAUUAGAGUGAGCUGAUCCUACAUGUGCUUUUUAUCUUUGAGUCACCUGAUACAUAUCGACUCUGAGCUAAUCUGAGUACCUGUUUUUAGUUGUCUAUGUAGUGCCAUCUCUUUCUUUCUUUCUUUCUUUCUUUCUUUCUCUUUCUUUUUUCUGUCUUUAUUUUUCUUUCUUUCGCUCUUUCGCUCUUUCUUUCUUUCGUUUGUUCUUUCACUCUUUUUUUCUCUUUCUCUCGCUCAGCCCAUUACUGUUAUGGACACACUCAUCCACCGAUUUACUGGAAGCAAGAUGUGCAUUUCCUAUGCAACAACAUCAACUGAAAAAAAGAGAGAAAUAAAGACGCUAAUGCUGA